GGGGUAAGAUUACAUUCUACACCAUCUUCAUUUACCCAUAUUGUAUCCCCCUACAACUAGACACUGUUAGUUAUUGGAAAAACAUCAGGAGAAAAAGCGAGUAACAGAGUGGUUGAUAGGAUUGUUCCAUGGCUUUCCAGAAUGUUACAUGUCAUUACAGAGGAUAUAUAUAGGUUAAUGCUCUAAAGGUAUAGCUCAUGACAUGGAAUGAAAAAUCACCAUAUUAGUUUAAGCAGUUGGGGGAAAAGUGUGCUAAUCUCAAGUCAAAAUGAAAUAUCUAUUAUAUCCUCAAAAUUUCUGUAGAACUUCAUCUGCUUGAUAUUAGCCUGGGACAAUUCUGUGUUCAUGGAUAAUGCACUUUUGUAAAAAAUAUAAAAAACAAAGUUUAGUGAACAAUGAGCAUGAGAUUGCAGAGAUCUGAAGACUUUACUUGAAGCUUUCUUAGCUUGUGUAUUUUUCCACCUGCAAAGAACAUCUUGGAGCUGUGGAACUCAGUGGAUCUCUUUCUCUGCUUUUGCAUGGAUCUCUCUCCAUUUUGUCACUGAAAAUUGCCAAUACUGAGAAUAUGCAACAUGAAUAUGCAAUACUAAAGAAUGGAUUGAGACCGUUUCCCACUGAAGAUUUUUCUCACAUGGAAUUUCUCACUGGUUCUGAUUGGUGCACCGUUAACACUCACCUACCCUUGGCAUUGUUCUCAGCAGGAAGGUGGAGCUGCAGUUUCUUCAUACCAGGAACAUAUUCAAAUGAGGCACCUUAGAAAUCUCUGUGUUAGUGCAUAUGAUGGUGCUGUAAUCGUCUGUGUUGUGAAGUGGGUAAAAAUCAUCCUGUUUCUUCUCUGCUGGACCUCAACGCAGGGUGUUGUUUAUACCCUCCCAUUAUCCGUACCCUGUCCUCUCUGAAUGUGGAUUUAAAGAAGCAAGCACCUGUCUUUUCUUUCCACUUCAUUUUUAAAGCCAAACUUUCCAUGCCAUUUUAAUCGUAUGUUAAGAAGAUCUGUAACAUAACACAUUGACUUAUAGUGAUGUCGAGUUCUACAAUCAGGGCAAUUCUGCCAACAAGAUUUAAUGCACUUUAACUGAAGAAAAAACUGAGCCUAACUGAAAAUCUGUUUCUUAUGGUGCUGAAAUAUCCCUUCCGACUGCACUGAGAUAACCACAGGAAAGGGCUUUUACAGGCAAAAGUCACCUUUGAUUAUUGCACUUAGCGGUCCCCGUGGACUUGAAUUUUGGAAACGUUGCUUUCCUUUGUUCAUUAUCUCCUGCAAGAUGAUGAGUUCUAAUCAGGAGGAGGUCACUUUGGGCGCUUUUCUCCAGUAUAUUGAAGAUAUGGGGAUGAAGGCCUAUGAUGGCUUGGUUAUACAGAAUGCAUCAGACAUUGCUCGAGAGAAUGAUCGCAUGAGGAAUGAAACAAACCUGGCUUACUUGAAAGAAAAGAGUGAAAAACGCCGAAAACAAGAAGAAGCAAUAAAACGCAUAGGUGGAGAAGUAGCAAGAGGAAAUGAAGGCAGCUACGUGGGGAAACAUUUCCGCAUGGGAUUUAUGACAAUGCCUGCUCCUCAGGACAGACUGCCACACCCCUGCUCCAGUGGCUUCACUGUCAGAUCCCAGUCUCUUCAUUCAGUUGGAGGAACUGAUGAUGAAAGCAGCAGCUCUCGAAAGCAGCCGCCUCCAAAACCGAAGCGAGACCCCAACACCAAACUGAGCACCUCGUCUGAAACUGUCAACACUGGAACAACAAGCAAAAGUGGGAAACUACCAGACAGGACUGAAGUGUCAGCCAAACCAAGACCUCACAGUGAUGAGUAUACAAAGAAGAUUCCACCUCCUAAGCCGAAACGAAAUCCAAACACUCAGCUAAGCACAUCUUUUGAUGAAACUUAUAUCAAAAAGCAUGGCCCUAUGAAGGCAACCCUCACUAGGGAUGCCUCGCUCUCGCAGGUCAGCAGUCCUGCUCCAGACACAGAGGAAGAGGAGCCUGUUUAUAUUGAAAUGGUUGGGAAUAUUCUCAGAGACUUCAAAAAAGAUGAGGAUGACCAAAGCGAAGCUGUCUAUGAGGAGAUGAAAUACCCUAUAUUUGAUGAUGUAGGCCAAGACUCAAAAUGUCAAUGUGAAUAUGACCAUCACACUUGUUCUUCUCAGUGUGCUACUCCCACAGUGCCUGACCUCGAUUUCUCCAAGUCUCCAGUGCCAUCUACUCCCAAGGGCUUGCUUUGUGACAUACCCCCGCCAUUUCCAAACCUGCUCUCUCACAGACCUCCACUGCUGGUGUUCCCACCAGCGCCAGUGCAGUGUUCCCCGAAUUCUGACGAGUCUCCUCUAACUCCACUAGAGGUCACAAAGCUUCCCGUCCUAGAAAAUGUGUCUUACAUCAAACAGCAAGCUGGAGCUUCUCCAUCUUCACUGCCACCUCACACACCAGGCCAUCAAAAACUGGAGAAAGACCAGACAGUAUCUCAUGGAACUAGCACCCCUGGGCACACCUCCUCACCUCCUCAUCCUUCUACCUUAUACAGAACGCAGUCUCCACAUGGUUAUCCUAAAAGUCACUCUGCCUCACCUUCUCCUGUCAGUAUGGGUAGGUCUCUUACCCCCUUAAGCCUCAAAAGACCUCCACCUUAUGACUCUGUACAUUCAGGAAGUCUCUCAAGAAGCUCUCCAUCAGUGCCUCAUUCUACAGCCAGAAACACAUUGCAAGAAGGAGGGAAGAUGGUGAGUGUGUCAGUCAGCACCUACGGGUCAUCAUCUCAGAGCAGCUCCCGCUCUCGGACACCCACCAGUCCUCUGGAGGAGCUAACCAGCCUCUUCACCUCAGGAAGAAGUCUCCUGAGGAAAUCCUCCAGUGGCAGAAGAUCUAAGGAACCUGCAGAAAAACCACUAGAUGAGCUGAAGAUCAGAAGCCACAGCACUGAACCACUACCAAAGCUGGAAAACAAAGAGAGAGGACAUCAUGGGACAGCUUCCUGCAGGGAGCCAGGGAAAGCUCAGGAAUGGGAUGGAACACCAGGCCCCCCCAUGGUGUCCAGCAGGCUGGGGAGAUCCUCUGUCAGCCCAACCAUGCUGGCUGGGGGCAACAGUUCAGAGUCCAAGUCGAGUUGCCGGCUGGGCCGCUCCGCGUCCACAUCAGGAGUGCCUCCAGCGUCGGUGGCGCCGCUCCGGCAGCCCGGCGAGCUCCAGCCGAGCCAGGUGACGUGCAUGCAGUGGUUGCAAGGGGACCAUACGAUGCUGGACAUGAUUGAAAAAAAGCGUUGCCUCUGCAAAGAGAUCAAAGCUCGACAGAAAUCAGAGAAAGGACUCUGCAAACAGGACAGCAUGCCUAUCUUGCCGAGUUGGAAAAAGAAUGCUGGGACCAAGAAAUACAGCCCUCCUCCUUAUUCCAAACAGCAAACUGUUUUCUGGGACACUGCAAUUUGACAGGCCUGUGGAGGAUGCCCUCUCUGCUGUGUGGCACCAAGCACAGAUAGCCUGCUUUCUUUAAAAGGCAAAGGCUCUAAUCUAAGACUUAUCUGCAGGUGGUGGACUUCCUAGGAAAAAACACACCAGUACAGCGCUCACCUGUCAAUCAAGAGAGAGAUUUAAGUUUCUGACUGGAUUAAGGCAUACAUAUUCAUCCAGGACUUUUUUGGAUCCAGAAGAUAUCAAAAUGUAAAUAUUUCACCAAUAUAUUGAAAACACACAAACUAAUACACUGUUUAAAUAUAUAAAUAUAUAUAUAUAAAUUCAAAAAUUUAUGGAGAAUUUUACUAUAUAAUGUUACUGUUAUACUGUUUUAUUACCUAUUUUCUAUGUUCUAUUCUACUGUUCACCCCCGCCGCCACCAUUUUAUUUCUCUGACCUGCCUAGAUGUGGCCUCUGUACAAAAGCAUGUGGUUGUACGUGUUGUUGGAGAGGACAAUGUACAAAACAACUCGGUGCUAGGGCUGUAGAGGAUAACUAGAGUCGUACUUGUUAGAUGUCCUUAGCUAGGGGGGUGGGAUGGACAAAGGAGAGAGUUCUGGGGGGAAACAGCAAACCUGCAAGCACUGAAAGUACAAGUGCUCAGUGCAGGUGCCCAAGUUGCAUUUAAAAUAUUAAUUGUUCUGCAUCUGUUUUCCCAUAAUGGUAACCUGAUUAAUUGUCCUUGGUUUUAAAUGAACCAUUCACUAAAAUGAUUUGGCCAAGGAACUAAAUUUUCUGCAGCAUGGCCUGCGACAGAAUCUCUUCCCUGAAGACGUUCCAUUGAUUAGCAGAGACCAUGGUUCACUGUGACUAAGCAUUGUGCAGCCCUUGGCGGAGAGAGCCGGCGGCUCAGCGGGGUGAGGCGGUGCCACUGCAGCCGCCGUCCCUGUCCACAUUUACCCACGGUCCAGAAAAUAAAGGUGACAAAAUAUGUUUACAUGUUUAUUAUUUUUAAAUCCAGCAGCACAUCCUUACUUAUGCUGUGUCAGAUUUCCUCGUGUUGUUUCUGUGGGCUGGAUUUCAGACCCCUUGAAAGGCUGUUGGGAAGUCCCUCUUGGUUUCAUGCCGUUUUGAAGCAGAAGCCCACGUAACGCAUUCUUCCGGCUAUGCUGUUUCUUCUUCCUGGCUGCUUCUGGAAUUGGCUUGCAAUCUGUAUUAUAUUACAUCCAUUUUAACAGAAUAUUAUGUCAUGACCAAAGAAUUAUGACCUCCUGGUUUUAACGGGAGAAAGGGAUGGCUUAUACUGAUUAUGAGGGUGAAAUCUGUGCGGUGAAAUAUCUUCCAAAAGGAUCUGUUGAGGACGAGGGAAAAUUGUACUGCAGUGGAGUAGGGGGGAAAAAAGAUCUAUGGCAUAUAUUUUGUAUAUUAAAAUUUCUAUCUAUGUGUCUGAAUUUUGGUAGUACAAAAUUCCCUCUUUAAAACAAUCAUUUUAAUGUUAUAUUCACCAAGAAGAAAAGGUGUGUUGUUUGAAACUUCUUGUUAUAUUGGCUUUUCUUUAAAAUUAUAUUGACAGCAUUGCCACAGCUGUAAUUGCUGAUCAAAAAAGACCAAAAAUAACAAAUUUUAGAAGGUUUUUGUAAUCUAUAUUGCUAAAGUUUGAGUUUCAGUAAUGUUUUAUCAGUAGUAAUUUCUUUUCAGCCUCUGAAAUAAAGUUUUUAAAUAUUUUAUAACUAAUUAACUAAUGUAUAUUUUGAUGUCCAAACUGAGAUUUCUGUAAAAGAUGAAGUGUGUGUUUAUAUGUGUGUAUGUAUAUUAGCAUUACUGUAUAUGUAUAUAUGCAUAUGUGUACACACAUAUACAUGUAUAUAUGCAUGUAUCUAUAUAUACCCAUAGAUGUGUGCAUACGUAUAUCUGCAUAUGUUAAAUAUUGGUGUGUUAGGAAUAUACAAAGGCUGGAAUACGUACAGAGUUGAAAUUCAGAUUUGAAGACCCCCUCACAGCCAAAAUGACAGAAGACAUGAAAAAACCCGGAGGCUGUCAGGGAAUCUUUGAACACUUUGCAUCCAAAAGACACCAACUGUUUAUUCUGCUUAUUCUCUCUUUUUUAAAGAAAGAAAAUUGCAGAAGAAAAACUCCAGAAAUCUCGCAAAGUUCCAGAAUCUGCUGGAAAGAAGAAGACUUGUUGGUCAUGAGAAAUCUGUUGAGAUAACAGGUUCAUUAUUCAGCAAGUGUUCAUGGUUUGUCUUCCUUGUAAUGUGGCAAGAGAAGAAUUUCCCAUAUCCAUGUGUGAAACACUUAGCUCAGCCCUUUCCCCCAGCUGCACAAAGUCACUGGUGACAGAACACAAGCAGGCGUUCAGUCAGCUCUGCCAGUCCUUGUCCUCACUGGUUUCCUCCUGGAGCUCCAGAAACGUGGCUGGCAGCGCAGACCCUGGGCACACCUGCUGGGGGAAGGCAGUGUCAGUGUGAACGGUUCUGUCCUUGCUGGUGUUUGUUCAUAUCGUGUCCUUUCCAUAUCGACAUGUAACAGGAAUAAUGAUCAGGGAAUUGAAGCGUUCUUGUCCUAGAGCAGACUUGCUUGUACACUUAGCCCGCUGCAAACUCCUUGUUUUGCUUUUAUUGCUGAACACUGUUUAUGUUGUCCUUCCUAAAUAACUGCCCAUGUGCUUCCAGACCUCCAUUGUAUCCCAUGGAAACAAUGGCUUUUUGUUUUAAAGUGCAACAACAUGAAAAAGUAAAAUAUAACUUAGCACUUACCUUCAAAGCACUUUAGAAAUGUGAAGUAAACCUCAUGCUUGCGAGAGCCGUUUUACUGAGGAGGGAAGUGAGGCUCAGGCAGAGUAGUUUCCCAAGGUCAGGGACAGAGCCACUGCCCUGUCCCCUGACCCACCUGGCCCACCCCAUGGCUCGAGUAAAAGGCACAUGGUCCUGCCGAGAGCUGCCAUCACAAUGCUGUCACACAUUUCCUACAUCACCUCUUGUCUCAGCAGCUUCUGUGUCACAGGGUGAAUGACAGUGCUUAGUUACACACGGUCAUUAAAGCUGUAGUCUGUAUAAAUAUGCAAUCUGUGUAUACAUACAGAUCACAUAUAUACACACACUUAUGGAGACUGUAUAUAUGAAAUUGUUUGGUAUGCACUUAUUUUGCUUUAAACUCCUGAAGUUAAACAUUAUAGUGUAGCAAUUUGUGUAAGGUGCACUGUGAUUUCAAGAAAGCACAGUAAAGUCACAGGUCUUGUUAUUCUUGCACUAAAAAUGUGUUUACGUAUAUUAGCCAAUGUAUGUCUACUUUAUCGCUCCUUUUGACAAAUUAAAGCAAAUGGUAUAAAAUAGUAUGGGGUUUUUUGGUUUGGGUUGUUUAUUUUUAAGUGGACAAUGGCACUAUGUUUUUAAAUGACAGGGUUUUUAAAUAAAAUUAAAUCAUUCUGUGUUCAUUCCAAUGUAAUACAUUUACCAAUAUCUUGAAACUGAAUGUCAUGUUGCUUUUUUUUUAUAUUUCAUUAGAAAUUGUCAGGUAUGUGCCUGAGAUUGUGUAGGACUAAGGAGUAGCUAGAGGCUAACUGUAAUCAUAUAUUAUUAGCCGUUUCUAUAUACACAGUAUAAAUACAUAUUAAUUUUCUUUUCAUUUUUGUACUUGAUUUUUUUAGGUAAGAUGUAAUUAAAUGUACUUUGAUACUUCUGAAGUAAUAAGAUGUUGUUUGAAGAUCAAUUCUGCUUUCUUUAGUGCAUUGACAAUAUUUUACAAUAAUUUAGUGCUUAUUUAUUUGUGCUCCAGUGUAAUUAUAAUAAAAAGCAAUAGUUUAAAAUA